UUGAAUGGGCGGAGCCUGGCCCUGGGUGCAGUUAGCUGUCAGUCAUCAUUCAGCUGCCGGAGGCGUCACAUCCGGGAACCCGGGAACCAGGGCCUAAACCGGGGAGCGAGCAGCCCCCACCCAGCGCCUGAUACACGGACUGCACAGCGAGGGGUCUUCACAUUUAAAUUCCUGCCCCCUCCAUUCUCUGGAUAAUGUCUGAAGGUGAAGGGAAGACUGCGUCACUGGCUCCAGGUACAGGGUCUGAUCCCAAACUUGAAAAUGUGGCCUCAGUGUCUCCUCCUGUAAGUGCUCCUGCUGUUCCCACCCAGGAUGAGGAAGAAGAGGAGAGUGAAGACGAGUCAGAGAUCCUGGAGGAAUCGCCCUGUGGAAGAUGGCAGAAAAGGCGUGAGGAGGUUAACCAGCGCAAUGUCCCCGGGAUUGACUGCGCCUACCUGGCAAUGGAUACAGAGGAAGGAGUUGAGGUGGUUUGGAACGAAGUGCAGUUCUCUGAACGCAAGAAUUUCAAGCUGCAAGAAGAUAAAGUCAAAGCUGUGUUCGAUAAUCUCAUCCAACUGGAGCAUCUCAACAUUGUCAAAUUCCACAAAUACUGGGCUGAUGUGAAGGAGAACAGAGCAAGGGUCAUCUUCAUCACAGAGUACAUGUCUUCUGGCAGUCUGAAACAGUUCCUGAAGAAGACCAAGAAGAACCAUAAGACCAUGAAUGAGAAGGCCUGGAAGAGAUGGUGCACACAGAUCCUGUCUGCCCUCAGUUACCUGCACUCCUGUGAUCCUCCCAUAAUCCACGGAAACCUGACCUGUGACACCAUCUUCAUCCAACACAACGGUCUCAUAAAGAUCGGAUCUGUGGCUCCAGACACUAUUAACAACCACGUGAAAACCUGCCGUGAGGAGCAGAAGAACUUGCACUUUUUUGCACCUGAGUAUGGAGAAGUGACAAACGUAACGACUGCUGUGGAUAUCUACUCCUUUGGCAUGUGUGCGUUAGAGAUGGCUGUCUUAGAGAUCCAGGGUAAUGGGGAGUCAUCGUAUGUUCCUCAAGAGGCUAUAAAUAACGCCAUCCAAUUCUUGGAGGAUCCACUACAGAGAGAAUUCAUCCAGAAAUGCCUGGAGACUGAUCCCAGUAAGCGCCCCACUGCCCGGGAGCUGCUCUUCCACCAGGCCUUGUUUGAGGUGCCCUCUCUGAAGCUUCUGGCCGCGCACUGCAUUGUGGGUCACCAGCACAUGAUACCAGAGAAUGCUUUGGAGGAAAUGACUAAGAAUCUUGAUAUGACGGCUGUACUGGCAGAGAUCACGCAUGCAGACCGCGAUGGCGUCCGUAUGAUAUUCUCUCAGUCUCCUGCUCUAGAACUAGACAAGUUUCUAGAAGAUGUCAGAAACAGUAUUUACCCGCUCACAGCGUUUGGAAUUCCAAGGCCUCAGCAGCCGCAGCAGGAGGUGGUUAAGUCCCCUGUGGUCCCACCUUCUGUGAAAACACCAACACCCGAACCUGCCGAGGUGGAAACCCGCAAGGCCGUACAGAUGCAAUGUAAUAUAGAGUCUGUCGAGGAAGGCGCCAAGCACCAUCUCACUUUGUUACUAAAGCUAGAAGAUAAAUUGAACAGACAUUUAAGCUGUGACCUCCUUCCCAAUGAGAACAUUCCGGAGCUGGCCGCAGAGCUUGUCCAGUUGGGAUUUGUUAGUGAGGCUGACCAGAAUAGACUUGCAUCUUUACUUGAAGACGCUUUUAGCAAAUUUUACUUUGCUCGCAACGGUAACAUGAUAGCUGUGACGGUUUCAUCAUAGCCAUGUCUUCCUGGCAGCAACCCCAGUGAGGACAUCUCCGCGUUAAAGUCUGGACUUCCAUAAUCCUUCUCUGCAGCGGUGCUGAGGUCCUGAAUAGUCACGUCUUGGGAUGUACAUAGUGUCCAGCUGCCGGGGGUUCAUGCCCAGCGCAGAACGAUUUUCUGAUCUAUAUUCACAUGGUAGUCUGCUUCUGCUGCUCCGCUGAGUGUUAUCCUGCGUUUCGGCUGUGGGUGGAGCCUUUUCUUUCUCCUGGUCUGUCUCAUGCCAGGGCCAUUGUGUGGCGUUGAAUGUGGGUGAGGCUUGUCCUGUUACCCUGUUUACACAAAGAAUCCAUUCUGCAUAUGACACAAAUGGUUAUCCAAACUCAUUUAUUCAUUCAUAAUGUGAAUUCAUGCAUUAAACUGCCACCUAAUGGGUACUGGAAAUGUGAAUAUGACGUGUUCCCCACCUCAGUGCUGAGAUUCAUGCAUUAGUAACCCCAGGCCCAUUCAACUCUUGGUUUACUAUAUUAUAUAAUAUUGGCGUAUUCAGAACUCAGCUGAUCAGAGGGUC